AUGUAUGAAGAACUGUAUCCAAACUAUGAAUAUAUAGCAGAUCACAUCAGAGACUAUUUUCAAGAAAAUAAGUUCUUUGAUGUCUUUGAAGCAGAAGAUAUCAAAAAGAUCUUUGAGAAAUCAAAAUUGUCAAUUGACGAUUUCAGUUUUAUUCUAAAACAGUCAUCCUCGAUAAUGAAAGCAAAGGAUAUAUAUACUCUUGCUCGAUGUGCAACACUUUUGCCGAAAAAUCUGAAAGAUGUCAUUACAAUUAUGAAAUCUUUAAAAGAAUAUUUGAAUUUUAGAAUCUUUGAUAAAGUUAUUGAUAUUUUACAUCAAACAGAAAAGGAACUAUGUGAAAAUUCAGAAAGAAUCGAAAAACUUCAAAAAGAAAUAUCCACACCAAAAGAUCAAGGCCCUACAAAUAUAUUUAUGUCUUUAUUCAACAAAAUUGGAAUUAUUCGGACCCAACCUACUGAAGGGAACAACUCCACCUCAGUACGUGAGAACUCCUCAGAAAAUAUCCUAGCAAAAAUUACUCAACUUAAGGAUUCCGAUGAUUUUGAAGCAGUUUAUAUUUUGUUUGAAGAGUUAACGAAGGGAGAAAAUAAAAAAAUGUUGACAAAAGCUAUUGAUGAUGGUCUUUGGGAAAAGAAAACGAAAUUUUAUGGUGAAAAUCUAAAUAUAUUUCAUUUCGCAUGCUUAAAAGGAAAUCUCAAUCUUGUUUAUUCUCUUGUUCAGCAUGGAUUAGAUAAAGAAAUUAAGUCUAAUUUUAAAGGUACUCCACUCAAUUGGGCAUCAUUUGGUGGACAUCUUGAAGUUGUUCAAUAUCUCAUCUCCAUUGGAAUUAAUAUAGAUGAAAAGAGUAAGUAUGGAUUUACUCAGCUCAUUUGGGCAGCUGAUAAUGGUCAUCUUGAUGUCGUUCAAUAUCUUUGCUCUAUUGGAUUUGAUAAAGAUCAACGGAGUCAAUAUGGAUUUACUCCACUCAUUUGCGCUUCAAGAAAUGGUCACUUAGAAGUUGUUAAGUAUCUUAUUUCUAUCGGAGCUGAUAAAGAUGUACAGGAUAAAGAUGGCAAAACUUCACUUAUUCGCGCAUCAGGAAAUGGUCAUCUUGAAGUUGUUAAAUAUCUUAUUUCUAUUGGAGCUGAUAAAGAAGCAGAAGAUAAUCUUGGAUAUACUUCACUCACUUGCACAUCAUUAAAUUGUCAUCUUAAUGUUGUUGAAUAUCUUAUCUCCGUUGGUGCAAAUAAAGAAACAAGAGACGACCUUGGAAAUACUCCACUCAUUUUAGCUGCAGAAUAUGAUCAUUUUGAAGUUGUUAAAUAUUUGAUCUCUGCAGGAGCUAAUAAAAAUGCAAGAGACAAUGAUGGAAAUACUGCGCUUGCAUCAACAAAGAAUAUAGAUAUACAAAAUUAUCUGAGAUCUUUGGGAGCAAAGUGA